UUACCACACCACACCAGGAGGAACACAACUCAAGACUCUCAGAUUCAAUCAAUGGAGGUUUCAGAAGAGCAAAGGCGAAGAGACAAAGCGAAUCGAUUAAUGUUGUAUGGGGAGAAACGUAAGCCGUCGUUUGAUUCUUCAGGAAACUCACAGCGACAACAAGAUUUCAGGUUAGCUAAAUGUCGAAAGCUAGAUGAUGGUUACGAUGUCGGGUUUCAAGAACGGAAUCGCAACUACGAAUCGGGUACCGGUGUUCCGGAAAAGUUCCGCGUCAGGCUUGAGAUCUGUUACCCUGAUUCGUUUUCGGUGACGCCGUUUCAAUUGCAAGGGUUUCGUUGCCCUGAAGAGCAAGAGUGUCUUCGUCAAUUGCGAGAGAUACUAUCUGAUGCGAUUCCUUCACACUAUACUCAAAAUCAAGAUGGGGGAAAAGCUGGGAUUUAUAAGAUCAGAGAGUACAGUAUGGUCUCUGGAUGUCUUAAAAGGUCUAAGAGAGUUGAAGUUGAAGUUAUACCUUGGAAAACGUUGGCUGUUGUUGAGAAACUUUCUCAGUCAUUCUUUUCUGGGAAGUGGCAACCUUGUAUACCUGAACAUUUUACGGAGGAGAAGGUUGAAGAACUGAUUGAAACCUUGCCGAGGAAAUUGGUGAAUGCUCUUUUGCCUUUCCAACUUGAUGGUCUAAGAUUUGGUUUACGGAGAGGUGGCAGGUGUCUUAUAGCUGAUGAAAUGGGGCUUGGAAAGACGCUUCAGGCCAUUGCCAUUGCUGGUUGCUUCAUAAAUGAGGGUUCCAUACUUGUUGUCUGUCCAGCUGUUUUGCGUUUCUCGUGGGCAGAAGAAUUGGAACGUUGGUUGCCAUUUUGUUUGCCUUCUGACGUACAUCUCGUUUUUGGUCAUCAAAAUAAUCCUGCCUAUUUACCAAGAUGGCCAAAAGUUGUGGUUAUCUCAUACAAGAUGCUUCAGCAUCUCCGGACGACUAUGCUUGAGCGAGAGUGGGCCCUCUUAAUAGUAGAUGAAUCUCAUCAUCUACGAUGCUCGAAAAAGAAGUCAGAUACACCUGAGAUAAAGACAGUCCUUGAUGUUGCUGAAAAGGUUAAGCACAUAGUUCUGUUGUCAGGAACUCCUUCUUUAUCGAGGCCCUUUGACAUCUUCCAUCAGAUAAAUAUGCUAUGGCCUGGUUUGCUGGGAAAGGACAAGUAUGAGUUUGCGAAAACCUACUGUGAAGUUGGGCUUGUCAGAGGUAUACAAGGGAAAAUUUUCCAGGAUUUUUCAAAGGGCACUCGCUUACUGGAAUUAAACAUACUGCUAAACCAAACAGUGAUGAUAAGAAGACUGAAGCAGCAUGUGUUAACACAGUUACCCCCAAAACGUAGGCAAAUCGUAACCAUACUUCUAAAGAAGUCCGAUAUAGCUUUAGCAAUGUCUAUUGUCAGCGAGGCUAAUAAACAAAAAGAUGGUGCUAUAGCAGAAACCACAGAGAACUCACAUGAACCUAAGCAUCAAAAUGCUCGUGGAUCAAAUGAAGCUGGACAUGUAGACGCAGAGAACUCUGAAGGCCCUGAGACUGACAAAGAGAAUCAACUAUGUGGGAAACUUUCCUAUCAACAACUUGGCAUUGCAAAGCUUUCUGCCUUUCGUGAAUGGUUAUCCCUACAUCCACUUCUAUCAAGAUUGGAUUAUACCCCAGAAGAAAUUGAUGGAGACACAAGUUCAACUAAAAUGGUCAUUUUUGCACAUCACCACAAGGUUCUGGAUGGAAUUCAGGAAUUUAUAUGUGAUAAAGGGAUUGGUUUCGUCCGCAUUGAUGGGAUGACAUUGCCAAGAGAUAGACAAUUGGCUGUACAGUCAUUUCAGUUUUCUAGUGAGGUAAAAGUUGCAAUAAUUGGCGUAGAAGCUGGGGGAGUUGGACUCGAUUUUUCAGCAGCACAAAAUGUUGUGUUCGUUGAAUUGCCUAAAACACCAUCACUGUUGCUUCAGGCUGAGGAUAGAGCACAUAGGCGAGGUCAGACAAGUGCAGUCAAUGUAUACAUCAUCUGCGCAAAGGAUACUAUGGACGAGUCAAAUUGGCAAAAUCUGAACAAGAAGUUGCACCGUAUUUCAUCUACCACUGAUGGAAAAUAUGAUGGGAAGACCGAAAUUGAAAUUGAAAGAGCAUAUAUUUUCAAGCCUGCUGAAGAAAGCAGUGAAAGAGAAGUUCUUGAAGCGCAACCAUCAAAAGCUAAUACUGUAGUAGCUGAUAAGAUUGUUGAAAGCUGUGAAGAUUUGGGAUCUGGGACAGAUGUAUCAAAUACUAUUGAUCUCAAGGACGACCUGAUUUCUCAUUUGGAUAUAUUAGAAGCUUGUCCUUUUGAUGAAAAUGGUUCGGGCUCUGAGAUGAGGUCUUCUGGAAGCAUUUCUUCUAAUAUAUUAGACCAGGAAACCCAAGAAAAUCAUCAGCCUGAAAAUCUUAUUGUUGAUGAUGGGCUUGUGAAAGAAAAUGAUUCCGAUUCCAUUUAUCCACUUGUCGAUUCCCUGCGAUUUGAGGUGACCCAAAACACUGGAAGAAUUCAUUUAUAUUCUUGCAUUCCUGGGAAAGAUCCACGACCAAGGCCUCGCUUCGAGAACUUCCGACCAGAAGAGAUUGAAGCAAGCAAUUUAAGUCAGGGUAUCAAUAAAGAAACAAGUCCUGGAUCCAAUACGGAUGAUACGGUUCAUGUACUUGCUAUUUUAGAAUUUCUUAAAGAGUGGAAAUCAUUACGGCCAAUCGAAAAGCGAAAACUACUUGGAAAGCCUUUACAGUUACCUCUGUCACUGGAGUUAAGCUACUUGAGUGAAAGUGCUAGCCACAACAGUGAGGGAUUGCUCAGGGGAGGGAGCAAAAGACGAAACACACCGUUUUCUGAAAUCAGUAUUCCUUUACCUGCAAGUGCAGUGUGGAAAAAGGUCAACCUUAGAAGUGGCCAUCAAAGAAAGGAAAAAGAAUACACCCAAGCUUGGAGUAUGAGCAACGAACCACUCUGUAAACUCUGUCAAAAGCCCUGCAAGGGAAAAAACGCCAAGGAGCCUGAGUAUUUUGAGGAUCUUUUCUGUGAUCUUGCAUGCUAUGAAGAUUACCGGAUAAGAACAAGCGGCAGAUACAUUCGUCAGGAACUUUUUCAGAUAGAACAUGGAAUUUGCACAAACUGCAAAUUAGACUGCCACCAACUUGUCAGACGGUUGAGGCCUUUACCACUGGAUAAACGCCGUAAAUACAUAUACCAAGUUGCUCCAGAAUUGUUUGCCCGGAAGAACUUGCUUGAAACCCUGGUCACUGAUCCAACCGAGGGAAAUGCGUGGCAUGCAGAUCAUAUCAUCCCAGUGUACCAAGGUGGAGGCGAAUGUCGGCUAGAGAACAUGAGGACACUUUGUGUGGCUUGUCAUGCCGAUGUCACUGCAGCUCAAUGUUCAGAACGUAAAGUGAUACGGUCCGAAGCCAGAAAGCAACUCAAAAACACUUUAAAAGAACUCAGAAACAUACCAAAGCAAACAGAUCUCUCGGCUGACGACUGCACAAAGGAGACUGAUUCAGUAACCGAUGAAGAGGAAGAUGAGCUUAUGGUUGAAGUUCCUGGUAGUUCUUUCUCCAAAGAUCAGAAAACCAAUCAUGCCUCAUAAAAAAAAAACAUUUUUUUGACUUGUCAGUAAAUGGAACUCUCAGUGACAAAGCAAAGGUUCUGUUUGUAUGAUUGUAUCUCUGUAAUCACAGUUUUGCUUGGAAUGAAAGAUUAGUUUCU